AUGACUCCACAAGUUGAUGAAGAAUUUAAUGAUGAUUACCAAGAAUACGUCACUGAUGAAGAGGAAAAAUAUGGAUUUUGGUAUUAUGGAGAUUUAGCUGAUCUCAACAUUGCGGAUUCUGAUGAUGAUGAUGAAGAAGACUUUGAUGAUAUUUAUUAUGAAAAUGAUGAUGAUGAUUCCGAUACUAAAUGUCAACGAGUGGUGCUAUCAAAUGAUAAACUGCUAAAGUGUGAACAGUUAGAAAGGAGCAAGCAAGAUCCGAAAGCACCAUGGACUGUGAGUUUGAUUCAUGCUACGAGUCGAUAUCGAUUAUUCUUUAUUGAUGGAAUAAGGGAUUAUUUCUACAUGUUGUGUACCUUAAAGUGGGUGUUGGUUUCAUUUGAGGAAUUAUUUAAUGGAAAAGAGAGAAAUGGAGUCGAAUUUAAUAGAAUAUUGUGUGGCAGUGCUAAGGACACAAUAUUUGAAAUGAGUGAUGGGAGUUUGUACGGUUUUCAUAAAUCAUUUAGAGUACCUUAUUGCUGGGAAAAGCUGGAGUUGAUGAGUCGUCAGAUUGAAAUGAUUUCAGCAACCAUGUAUAGUGAUGAAAUCUGUUUUGUGAAAGAGGACGAACCCUCUACAUUGUACUUGUACUCAAGACCUCAAGCACAAACUUUCAAAAUACCAACUUUUGUUAAAAUUGCUAAAUUAUUCUCCCCAUACAACCAUGUCAUCAUUGAUUCUGAGAAUAGAUAUUUAAAAUUAUUGGAGGAUAAUUCAUCAUUGGAAUAUAUUUCUACACCAUUUGAAAAGAUUAGCCCAAUUAAGCAACUUGUGGGAAGUUACUUUUUCAGCAUUGCUCUUUUGGAGAAUGGAACAGUUUGGGCAAGAGGCGAUAUUCAGGUAUUUACAAGAUAUAAUGACACUUAUUAUCAAAUAGAUAUUUCUUUACCAAAUAUUGUAUCAGUGAAUGCUUUUGGGUUGUAUGGAGUUAUUUCAACACCCUCAUUUCAUAUAGUCUUUGGAAAUGUGCAUGUUGAUAAUAUUCAGAGAAUGAAACUAAAAAGACACAAUAUCAAGAUGAAAAAUUUGAAUAUCAUCGAGACAGAGAAUAAGUAUUUCAGUGUGGAAGGGUCAGAAAACAUGUUUGUAUAUAGAAAGACCCACAAUCCAAUACUAUUAUUCUCAAAACAAGGUUUACAACUUUUCAGAAUAAGAUUGUGUGAGAGUUUACAAUCUUCUGUUUAUUAUGAUAUUUCAUUCAAAUGCUUAUCAUAUUCAUUGUAUGAUAACUAG